UAGAGGAGAGGCAUGUGUGUGUGUGUGUCUGUGUGUGAGUGUUAAUGAAAGACAGUGAGAGGGGGUCACUGGUGAGUGCAGGGUGUUUGGGAGCAGAGAGAAGGAUGAUGGGUUGACCUUUGGAUAGCAUCUCACCUUAAAAACCUGAAGAACAUGGAAGCCAAAAAGAUCCUCCAUUUUGUGCCAUCUGAGGCUCCAUCCACCGGGAGGUCCAAGAACGGAUAUGUUUUCCAAGAGAUGGAGCUGCAGGCUGGGGAAGAGGAGGAUUCACCGGCCACUCACAAGGAUCACAUCUAUGACAAACAGAUCCAUGUCAGUGUUUCAGAUCCUGAAUGUCCUGUGUUUGGGAUUUUGAACACAACAAGAAAGUAUGUGAAGCCAAUGAACUUCCAGGAGGAAGUGCGCGCCCACAGAGACCUGGACAGCUUCCUGGCCCAGGCGAGCAUCCUUUUGGAAGAGAAAGCUGCCACUCUGGACGAAGUCCUGCGGCGAAUGCUGACUCACUUGGUGGAGGACGGCCACAGCAGCUGUGAUGCGGACGAGGUCAUGAACUCAUUGUUCACGGACGCAGGAGGGAAGGAGUCAAACGUUCACCUUCUGUCAGAGACCAUUCAGGGUGUGACUGCUUCUCCCACUGGCAUUCAUUACCAGCAGUCCUGGCUUUGUAUUCUCUCCAAUGUGAGGAGCCUGCAGAGACGCCAUGUCUGCAUCGCCCGUCUGGAGAGGCCACAGAACUGGGGGGUCAACUGCUGCGAGGCCCGAUAUGUCAUCCUCAUCCUGGCCCCUCCUCGAACGAAAAGCACCAAGACGGCCAUUGAGUUCGGAAGAACAUUUGCCACGAUGUUCUCGGACAUUUCCUUCAGACAGAAGCUACUGGAGGCCAAAACCCAGGAGGAGUUCAAACAGGAGCUGGUCAACCAGCGACAGCAGCUCUCCGUAGUCACUGAGAAGCCGGCCGUAGAGGAAGUGGAGGACUCGGAUCCACGUAGAGGGAAACCACUUCAGUGCACAGAUUUCUUUAAGUUCGGUAAAGGUGUUUAUGACGACCUCCGUCGCAGACUCCCCCUCUACCCCUCAGACUUCACAGAUGGUAUGCAUGGGAAGGACCGCUGUCUGCUGAAGUACACUACCACAGCUAUUUUCCUCUACAUUGCUAUUCUACUGCCUGCCAUCGCAUUCGGUUCGCUGAAUGACGAAAGCACAAGAGGAGAGAUAGAUGUUCAGAAGACCAUUGUCGGCCAGAGCAUUGGAGGAGUGAUCUAUUCUUUGUUCGCUGGCUCACCGCUCGUCAUUCCACUGACCACUGCGCCACUGGCCAUCUUCAUAAGCGUCAUCAGAGGAAUCUGCGAUGACUACGACCUGGACUUCGAUGCUUUCUACGCCUGCAUCGGUUUGUGGAACAGUCUGUUCCUCAUCCUCGGUGGCUUGUUCAACGUCAGCCUGUUUAUGAAACUCUUCAAACGCUCAACAGAAGAAGUCAUUGCAUUGUUCAUCUCCAUAGCGUUUGUCGGGGAUGCGGUGAAAGGCACUGUCAAAAUUUUUCAGCACUUCUACCACGGGCCCACUCUGGUGACCACAAACAGCACGUUGGUGCUUCAGCAGAUUCAUGAGAUUCUGGAGAAGAUGAAGAACCAGACGACAAACAUGCUCCAGCAUCAUAAUGAGACGGUGUCACCGAUGGGACACUCGGAAGUGUCAAUCUUCCUGACCGAGUCUCUGGUGUUGACAACAAGAGAAAGGCCUAUCCUCUGUCUGCUGCUCAUGUUGGGGACUUUGUGGCUGGGUUACGCCCUCUACCUCAUCAAGAAGAGCCCGUAUCUGAAUGACAGAGUCAGGGAGGUGGUGUCUGACUGCGCUUUGCCGAUCUCUGUGGUGAUAUGCUCCUUCAUUGGCUCCUACCUUUUCCUUGACAUACAGCUUCCCGUGUUCAGUGUCCACGAUGGCCCCGUCUUCAACUUCCCUCCAUUCGAUAAGCUGUCAGGAAUGAACACACUGAGCGCGGCCGGUCUGGGUUUCCUCCUCGCAUUGCUCAUCUUCAUCGACCAGAACAUCGUCAUCUCACUCACACACGUACCGGAACACAAGUUGCUAAAAGGCACAGCGUUCCACUGGGACUUACUGCUGACUGGCUUCAUCAACAUCCUCAUGUCCUGUCUGGGGUUGCCAUGGAUGCACGCUGCCUUCCCACAUUCCUCCCUGCACGCCCGUCAGCUGGCCAAAGUGGAAACGCACGUAGAGAACGGACACCUCUCCACGACUAUUGUCAGUGUGCAGGAGACUCGUCUGACCUCACUAGCAGCCAACAUCCUGAUCGGCCUGUCUGCCUUCAUGCUGCCCAUUCCUCUGCAGUGGAUCCCAAAGCCCGUCCUCUACGGCCUCUUCCUCUACAUCGCAGCCACCUCGCUUGAUGGGAACCAGAUGGUGGACCGCAUAGCCCUGCUGCUUAAGGAACAGACCUCCUAUCCUCCUACUCACUACAUUCGCCGUGUGCCUCAGAGGAAGAUCCACUGCUUCACAGCGCUGCAGAUGAUCCAGCUGAUCGUCCUGUGUGCGUUUGGGAUGUAUCCUCUGCCCUACAUGAAGAUGGUCUUCCCCCUCAUGAUGAUCCUGCUGGUCCCUGUCAGGACCAGCCUGCUUCCCCGAGUCAUCGACGCCAAGUACCUGGAUAUCAUGGACGCCCAGCACAUGUAGAACGACAGAGCUCACCGUAUGAAAGGAUUCACUUUCUCCAGUUGGAGAGAGGAACAGACUGAGAACUCAAUAAAUGUGUUAACAACUAAACAAAAUGCAUUUGGACUUCAAUAUGUGGACGCGAGCACUCUGCUGGGGACUGGACGACCACUUACACCCGCAGAAGCUUUCUCCUUGUUCAUCACACAUUUACCAUCAAUGUAGCUGAUUGUAACAUUACUGCAUCUUUAUUUCACUUAACAAUAUAGUCAUGAAGGAGUUUCUUCUGAUGUGCUUUCACAAACGCAUCAUGUUGUGUAAUAGAGAGCUGCUUGAUCUGCGUCCUACUUGAGUAUAAAGUGUGAUGUGUUUUACCCCCAGAGAAAACCCAUCAUCAUAUAACGAAGUGAGGAAGAAUUUCUCAAAUGUUAAAACAUGCAGAGUGAAGUGUCACCUCACGUUGAUGCACCAAACACUGAAGUCAGACAUCACAAGAUAUGCGUUUCAUCGUUUAGAUGUGAAAAACGUCUGUUUUCAUUCUGAGGAGACAUGUAACAAGAUCGGGUAUGUUAGUAUAAAUUAGUUGUGUGCAUAGUAAUGUUUGGAUUAAAUCAAACUGUUGUUACACAAAAUAUAUCCCUUUAAUGGAACUGAAUUAACAGUUUUCAUUCUACUGAACCUCCUCGAUAUUAAAAGCUAAAUACUUAACUGAUACAAUCACAGAACAGCACCUUCUCAGAUAUCGCACACUUUAUUGAGACGAGGGGACAGACAGUUGUAAAGCUCUGAUUGUUGAAUUCCUCCAAUAGAUGGCAGUAGAGGCUCAUCUUCAGGAUGGUUUGAGAUCCGGCUUGGCUCAUGACGGAUGUACAUUUACCCGAAUAUUACAUAAAAAAAUGAGGCAGAUUCAUAUCGUCCAGUAUAAGAAACUGGGAUAAUAACGUGGACAGACAUUUCCCCAGAAUCCACCACUUUCAGAGGUUUUGUCCCAUUAUUUCAUCUGUUUUAAGACACUUUUUUAAGCCAACAAAACCACCUGAUGCUGUAAUU